CCAUAAUCUCCAUAGUCUUCCCCAUACAUUUCCUUUGGUACUGACAGAGAGAAUUUGUUUAAGAAUCAAACUUCUCAGGAACGAAAAACAAGACAUUUCCAUAAUGAAUGAUCAAGAAAGUCAAAAUUCAUCGCUGACUGGAGAUUCACAGGGGCGGAAUAGCGUGGAAAUUGUGCUGGAGUCCUUUGCAGCUACAAUUGUCUUCCUGGCUUCAAUUUUAACCAACUGCAUUGUUCUGUAUGCAAUAAGAACCAACUCUACCCUGAAAACUUUCACAAAUAAGAUCAUUGCAAACUUAUGUCUUGUCGAUAUGGUCGAAACAUUACUCAUCAUGCCGUUAUGGAUCACAAGCUUGAUAAAAGGACGUUGGAUCUUUGGUAACAUCAUCUGUAACGUGUCAGGGUUUCUGUUCUUCGUAAUGGCAAAUGCAACUCUCUAUUCCUUGCUUCUAAUUGCGCUCAGCAGGUAUUUCAAGGUCGUGAAGCCCCAAUUGUAUAAUGGCAUUUUCUUUGCAAAGAAAAGCAGACCAAAAAUCCUUCUUUCGCUGUGCUGGGUUGUACCUCUCAUCCUCUGCAGUCCACCGCUGUAUGGAUGGGGGAAGUACAGAUUCUACCCUCAGUCUUUUCUCUGUACGUUUGAAUGGUCAUUUGAUGGACCACAUGUCUCCUACUUGGUCUUCCUUGUGAUAACACAACCAUCUCCUUACAUAAUUUGCUGGUGUUACUUCAAAAUUUAUAACACUGUUCGACGGAAUAGAAUCCAGAUUUGCACAAGAGCAAAUCGUGCCGCAUGCAAGAACGCUCAUAACGCCGAGAACAUGUGCAUUAAUACCACACUGGGCAUAGCUUGCGUUGUCGUACUUUGUUGGCUUCCAAAGGCAAUCCUCGUUCUUUUGUUGGGA